AAUGAUUCCCACUAGAGUGACGGCGCGAACUCCAGUGAUCAGAUUAUUAAAGUCAUGUAAUUUUGGUCAAAGACGAAAUACACUUUCUCAAAGACUUAUAUCAACCACUGUUGCUGCAAAUCGAAGUUCAUCGAAUUUCGACAGCAAAGACAUUAAUGAAAUAAUCAAGCCAGUACCAAUUAAACCGUUCGAAAACCGAUACGAAAACGUAGGAGAAGAAUUGUGUGGAACUUUAGAAAAGUCUGAACUGAUUAAACUGCUUAAUAAAUUUUAUAGGCGACCAAAUUUGAAAACUCUAGCAAAAGAGCAAGGACUAGACUCUAAUUUAUUGCAUCAAGCUUACGUUUCUUUCAGAAGAUAUUGCGUAGAAAGUUCUUCUCUACCAGUUGAUCUUCAUAUUGUUCUCAGUGACAUCCUUCAAGGUUCUGGUCAUGUUGACGAUAUCUUUCCUUAUUUCUUACGACAUGCUAAAACCAUGUUUCCUCAUAUCGAUUGCCUAGAAGACUUAAGAAAAAUUUCAGAUCUUCGUACUCCUGCAAGUUGGUAUCCAGAUGCUAGACGAUUGCAAAGAAAAAUAAUCUACCACUCAGGACCUACAAACAGCGGGAAAACUUAUCACGCCCUCGAGAAAUUUUUAUCUGCAAAAACAGGUAUCUAUUGUGGACCCCUUCGUUUACUGGCUGCAGAGGUAUUUGAAAAAGCUAAUCAAGCUGGGACACCUUGCGACUUAAUAACCGGAGAAGAGCGUCGUUUGGUUAAUCCCGAUGGUCUUUCUUCCAAUCAUGUAGCAUGUACGGUUGAAAUGUCUAGCACAUCAACGAGUUACGAAGUAGGAGUUAUCGAUGAAAUUCAAAUGAUGAGAGAUUCUUGCAGAGGUUGGGCUUGGACAAGGGCACUAUUAGGCCUCUGUACCGAAGAAUUGCAUAUUUGUGGAGAAGGUUCAGCCAUUGACCUAGUUGAAAGAUUAGCUCUGGAGACAGGUGAUGAACUGGAGGUUCGAAAAUAUAAAAGGCUUACAAGCCUAACAGUUUUAAACAAAGCUGUUGAAAAUUUCGAUAACGUGAGAGACGGUGAUUGCAUCGUUUGUUUCUCAAAAGCCGAUAUUUACCAUGCAAGUAGACAAUUAGAAAAACGAGGACGAUCCUGUGCAGUAAUAUAUGGAACGCUACCUCCUAGAGCCAAACUGGCUCAAGCUGCUAUGUUUAAUGAUCCAGCUGAUAAGACAAAAGUAAUGGUAGCCACAGACGCAGUGGGAAUGGGUUUAAACUUGAAUAUAAAAAGAGUUGUGUUUUAUUCUCUUAUGAAACCAAUUAUAAAUGAAAAAGGAGAAAAAGAAAUGGAUAUUAUUCCUCCUCAUACUGCUUUACAAAUCGCAGGAAGAGCCGGAAGAUUUAAUACAACUUGGCCAGAUGGAGAAGUAACAACCUUCAAAGGGUCUGACCUGCACUUACUCAGGAAAUUAUUAAAAACAACUGUCGAACCAGUCGAAUUGGCAGGUCUUCAUCCAACUGCUGAGCAGAUAGAACUAUUUGCUUAUCAUUUACCAAAAGCUACGCUAACAAAUCUUAUAGAUAUUUUUAUGACUCUUUCAACAGUAGAUAAUCGUAAUUAUUUUCUCUGCAACUUGGAGGAUUUUAAAUUUCUCGCCAAUAUGAUUGAACAUGUUCCGUUGGCAUUGAAGACAAGAUAUGCCUUGUGUUGUGCUCCUAUAAACCGAAAACAGCCAUUUGUUUGUACAAUGUUUCUAAAAUUAGCCAGACAGAUUUCCAGGGGCGAACCUUUAACUCAUGAUUGGGUGUGGAGGCAGUUGGGCUGGCCUCUCCAAAUGCCUACAAACGUGACCGAUUUAAUGCAUUUGGAAGCCGUUCACGACGUCCUGGAUUUAUAUUUAUGGUUAACCUAUCGUUUUAUAGAUCUAUUUCCCGAUGCCGAUCAUAUUAGAGAUAUGCAAAAUGAACUUGACGAUGUCAUACAAACUGGAGUAAAAAACUUAACACAGUUAUUAAAGAAUGCGGAAACGAGUUCAUCAUUCAACAAAAACAUUUUGGAAGACGAAGACUUUGACGUUACAAGUAAAAAAAUGAGACGAAAGAGAUUACAGUCGAUAAUGACAGAUCAAGAAGAUGUUAAAAAUUCAUUAACUGAUGCUUUUUCAAGAGCAUCUUCAAAUAGAAUGAACGAUCCAAGAUUAGUAAAUUUCAGUAAAGGACCUCCAUCUGUUAAGUUGAACGAAGGUCAAUCGAUGGCCGAUAUUCUUGUCGAAAGAGGGGUUCUCAGCAGAGACAUGUUAUCUAAGCUUAAAGAUGAAAUUCUGGAAGAAAAAGAUCAUAGAGGAAGAAAAGGAAGAUGGCGGAGGAAAUAA